ACAAAAAAGAUGGCAGCGAUUGCCGAUUGCUGUCCUUCGGAUUUAUUGCGAAAAUGGCGCAUUAUGUGAUAUUUUCACAUAAAAAUAUAGUUUUAAGUGAAAAUUUGUGUAGUGCUGCAUAGUGAUGGUGUGUUAUUUUUCAUGAAUGACAGUGAACUCGUGUGUAAAUAGGACUGCGACUUUCUUCUGGAUAUUGGAUUACACAUAAAAUAAAGUCACAAUGGUGGUGGGCGAUAGCAAGCGUACCGCCAACAUCAUGGACGGCAUUGAGAACACCGGUGACGUACGAAUGCACGACCACCGGCUGAGGCUCAAACAAAGGUUCGACAUAGUAAGAAAACUAGGUCAAGGCACAUACGGCAAGGUGCAGCUUGGUAUCAACAAGAAGACAGGCCAGGAGGUGGCCAUCAAAACUAUCAAGAAAUGCAAGAUCGAGUCCGAGGCUGAUCUCAUUCGCAUUCGACGCGAAGUCCAGAUUAUGUCUUCUGUUAGACAUCCUAAUAUUGUACAUAUUUAUGAAGUAUUUGAAAACAGUGAAAAGAUGAUCCUAGUUAUGGAGUAUUGCUCGGGCGGUGAACUGUACGAUUAUCUUAGUCAGAAAAAAGUAUUACAAGAGGACGAAGCUAGAAGGUUAUUCAGACAGAUAGCAACUGCUGUUUAUUAUUGCCAUAUACAUAAAAUCUGCCAUAGAGAUUUAAAAUUGGAAAAUGUAUUAUUAGAUGAUACUGGUAGUGCUAAGAUUGCCGACUUCGGUCUAUCAAAUGUUUUCAAAGAAACGUCUCUGCUAUCCACAUUUUGCGGUUCACCUUUAUACGCGUCACCAGAAAUUGUUAAAGGAACGCCAUACAUUGGGCCAGAGGUGGAUUGCUGGUCACUGGGUGUGCUUCUAUAUACUCUAGUCUAUGGAGCUAUGCCAUUUGAUGGCUCCAACUUCAAACGUCUAGUCCGACAGAUUAGCAAUGGCGAUUAUUACGAACCUAGAAACCCGUCAAGUGCAUCACCUCUGAUUCGGGACAUGCUCACAGUUGAUCCGCUAAAACGUGCUGACAUCGCAUACAUUUGUGAUAAUCCCUGGGUGAACCUGGGCUGCAGCACGUCGUGCCUGGAGGAGGCGGAGGCGCUGGCGGCGCAGACGCCGGUGCGGCUGGACCUGCUGCUGUCGCUGGCGCCCGCGCAGCCCUCCAACUCCAACUCCGUCAUGGUGCCCAAUGAGGCUGAACUGGAUGCAGAGGAGAGCGGUAUUGACCUCACAAGCUCAGCGUCGAUGGCUCACAUUGAGCCCAGCAACUCCGCUGAAAAGAGAAUCCUGGAGUUAGUUGCCGAGGGUGGUGAGGACGCGAUAAAGCCAUCUCCGACACGUACGAUCGUGUCGGCGUCGGACAACAAGCGCAAGCUGGAGCUCGCCAUGUCGGCUAGCGGGCUGCAGAGGAAGAAGGAGAGAGUUGCCAGUUGUGCGAGUAUUGCGCCGCAAGCGCCGGUAUUGCUUGAAGAGAGCUCACCAGAGAUACAGGCCAAUGAAGAACCACCGCUAGCCGAUGACUCGUCAAUACAGCCAAACCUAAAAUCAUCAGCCACGAUCACAAUUCAACCGGCACCAGUGGAGUUAGUGAGGGACUUGACUAAAGACAUCGUGAAGGAACCGCCCAAACCAGAGGAACCGGUUGAGAAGCCAGCCAAACCUCGCGUGGCUAUCAAGAAGAAGACCUCUCCGACUAAAACUGUGGAGGAAAGGCCGGUGGAGAAAGUUGAGGAGGUUAAGCCACAAGAAGACACGAAGCCGAGCAGCGUAGCGUCAGCGGCUGACAAGCUCACGUCACUGUCCAUUACACAGCCACCCGCCAACCAGGUGCAGAAACCCAAGAAACUGUCCAUACCAGGUGGCAAUGUUGGCAGUUACAAGGAUCAGUUCGAGAGGAGAGCUUCUCUUACAACCGCUCCAGAAAUCAAACGCAACAUAUCUAAACCAGUCGUAUCAAAGAUCGCCAAACCUAAAGCACAAAGUGAAGACCGGGAGUUGCAGCCCAAGACUCCUGAUAACGGCACGGUUCGACUACAACAGAUUGGCAUUGAGCCUUCACAGAGCCACACUGAGGCUGAACGGGAGUCGAACCUUCGUAGCGGCGUCAAGAAGACGGAGAGCGAGCCCUCGCACAGUUCUACGUCUGUCGAUCCAGCUGUUCUGCUGCAGGAUGCUAGAAGGAGUCUACAGAACUCUAUGGCAAAGUUGGUCGAGGAGAAAGCCGGGGAGGAAAAUCGUCGCCGCGCCGCGCGCGAUAUCAUAUCGUCUGCUAUACGAACAGGCAAGCCGCCGGUGCCAUACGGCCGCUCGUCGUCGGCGGGCGUGGCGUCGCUGGUGUCGCCGCCCGGCACGCCGCCCGCGCACGCGCACUCCGCGCCGCCGCACCAGCCCAGAGUGUUCCGCACCGAGGCUCAGCACCGGGUUGAAGAUCAUCGACACCCUAACAGUGCCCGAGGCGUGUCAGUGGAGCGUAUCAUCCCCAUCACGGUGGCGGGCGACGACUCCCCCUCCUCCCCGCCGCCGCCGCUGCCCGCGCAGCCGCCGCCCCAAGUGCAGACCCCGCCCAAGCCCGGCCCCACGCCCGCGCCGAGAGGAUUCACACCGCUCAGACGGCUGGCAUCAACGGAAUCAGGCAGCGCGAGCGAAGCAUGCAGCAGUCCAGGCGAGCCCAUUAAGAAGUCAGCUCGCGAGUUCAUCAUCCCCAUAGCGGUGGAGGGCAAAGGCUACGUGACGCCGCGACAACGCUCGCUGGAGCCCGACACACACGCCACCACCGGCCGCGUGCACCGCGCCGCCAAGCCCAGGCGCAUCAGCAGCCUAGUAAGCGGUGGAGAAUCAGAAGAAGAAGAAGAUGCUCAUAUGCACCGACUGCGGCCGUCCCGCGCCGCCCGCGCUGAGUCCGUCAGCUCGGGGGAGGAGGACGAGGAAGAUGAGGGCUUCCAUCUACUCACUGCUGAGAACCUCUUCUCGACGCUGUUGCACCGGGUCCGAGCACUUACGAACCGCCUCAACGGCGAGGAAGGGCCCGGCUUCAGCCAGCACUCGUUAUUCAACAACUUACAGUCACCGUUCUUCAACAGCCCCCACUUACCAAGGAGAAAUCUAUUCACUCAUAGAUAUGUGGAAAGUAAACGAAGUGUUUCUGAGACACGCGAGGGCUGGGGCUCCCGCGACAUGCCGGACUUCGAGUCGAUGUUCAAGCCGCGCCAGACGCCGCGAGGUAGUAGUAAGAAAACCGGUAAGCACCGUACCGGCCAACAAAAUUCGGAAUCGAACGUCGAAAGCGGACUCGACCUGUCGGACUUGGACCUGAGCUCCAUAGAGUUCUCGGAGCGCGAGAUGCGCGCGCUGUCGGGCCUCACGCCCGCGCUGUCGCGCCGCCUGCAGCGCCAGCUGCUCGCGCACCUGCCGCCCGCCGCCGCGCGCCGUCUGCGCCGCACGCUCUCGCUCUCCGCGCGCCCCGCGCCCGCGUCCGCGCCCGCGCCGCCGCUCGCCCGCGCGCUCUCCGCCGACCACGACGCGCCCGCCCCGCCCUCUGAGCCCGCCGCCACUACCGAGCCCGCCGCCCCUACAGAGCCCGCCGCCGCUACAGAGCCCACCGCUAUCGCUGAACCGACCGCGCCGACUUCUGAACAUGCCGCGCCUACCGAACCCUCCGCGUCUGCUACCCCCGAACCCGCCGCGUCCGCCGCCACCCCCGAACCUCUCAUGGAAAGAAAAGUAGAAAGCCCGAUCGAUAUAACCACACCACAAUAUUCAACAUUACCACGGCCACGACGUCGCUCCAGCUCGCGGGAGGUAACUCCACUGCUUGCUGCAGUCGAUGUAGAGUGCCCGUCACCUACUUCUUUGAUUCGGGAGUCACCGGUAUUGCGGCCGCGCGACAGACCUCUAUUGAGCAAAUACUUGACCCCGGAGCGGACGCUGUCACUUGACGAGUCGUACGGGUCGGACGGCGGCAGCGGCACGUCGGAGCCGAGCUACGCGUCGUCGUACGGCAGCGCGGCGGCGGGCGCGGCGGGCGUGGGGCUGCGGCGACACUCGCUGCGCGCGCCCAGCGCCGACCAACCGCGCCGCCGCGUCUCGAGGUUCCUUCGUUCCGAUUUCUUCGAUUCGCCUCCAGAUGAGAACCUUUACGAGCGUCAGCGAAAAGAAAGAGAACUGGAAACCCAAAAAAUAUUGCGAGAGAUCAGAGAAAAGAAAAACAAAUCGCAAGAAGCGGCGGCCGCUAAGAGUCCCACCGACAUAGCUGACGCUCCGCCCGCGUUCAGGGACGACAUUACCACUCCUAAGAAAUGUCUUUCACCCAUUGGACUAAACUCAUUAGUCGCAGGCAAGGAACGUAGUAGGUCGAACACUCCAUUUUUCCCGAUCCUCGAUAACAUCAAAGAAACCGCAGUGGAUUUGUCCGCAUCGACGUCGAACUCGAAACGUUACACUAAUUUAGAAAACUCGAGAUUAAAAACCACUAGUGAUGAAAACGCUUCUAACAGAGAUUCCAGAUUGAUCCGACCCAAAAGCUAUCCUGUGAAAACUUUAGAUUCAAUAGAUGAGCCUAGUGAAAACGUGCUGCCUGAAAGUUCGUUUAGUAGAGAUUACGAUAGUAAAGAGAGGUCUUUACCAAGGGAGUCUAAACUAAUUAGGCCCAAAAGCUAUCCUGCAAGCAGUCCAUCACCAGAGAAAGUUUAUAUCAAUCGUAGCGUUAAAGUGGAUGACACUAAAGAUUCUUCAUCUAAGAAUGAGGUGAUUAAUCCCGAAAUUAAAUCUGACAUAGAAGUAAGUUUCAGUAUUACUUUGCCUAAGAAAAAGCCCGAAGUGACAAAGUCCGACUCUGCAAAAAAUAAUACUAAGUUGGAACACAGUGCCGAUUCCAAACCAGAAACAGAUAUAAAAACAAAUGACGCUACUUUAUCUUUGAAAAAGUACAGUGUAAUCAAAACCAGAGACAAUGACAAGUCUGACACAAUGGAAGUUAAAACAGAAAAUAGUAUACCAGUUGCUAAUGGAGGACCAUCAUCAGAUGCCGUGAAAGUUACCUCUAACGGAGACACUAAAUAUACGACAGAUCAGUCUUCGAAAAAAGAUGAAACGAUCACAAAAACCAGUGAAACAGAUCAAACUGAAAAGAAAGGAACGGUAAAGAAAAAGAUUAUUAGGAAAGUUUCAUCGAAAUCUAAGACUGAUCUAGGAAAUAACUCAGAAACUAGUGACGCUAAAGCAGCUGCUGAAAAGAAAAAAGUAACUAAAAAAGUUAAAGAAAAGGUCACUGAUGACGAUGGUUCGAAGUCAACAACAGUGACGAAAAAGAAAUCUGUUUUGCAAUCAAUAGGUCAUAAAUUAGAAAAGUUUGCGUCUAAUAAAUCUAGCUCCCCAGAGAAGGGGGCUGAAAAUAGUAAUGUAAGAAAUGAACCGAAAAAAGAUAGUUCUAAGUUAAGCAGAUUGCAACGAGAGCAAUCAGUGCCUGUCAACGUAGAGCCUACAACCGAAUCGAAUCUCAUUAAAAGAGCAGUCACAUUGACUGAUGUCGCCGCUCUAGAAACACAAAAUGCACCUCAGAACAAAACCACCGUUUCAAAAGUAUUAGGACUCUUUAAAAAGUUUGAACCCAAGGAAAGAUCAAAGCCAAUAGUUGAAAAACCACAAUGCGAAAGUGUUACAGAACAAAAAGAGAGUACUGAAUCUAAUUAUAAAACUGAAUCUAAUAUUGAACAGAGUGUGGACAGUCUUGACAAAGAUAAACCUCGUAGACCGACAUCACUACUCCUUAAUGGUCUUGGACGUAAAAAUAAAUAUGAUAGAACUUCCAGUGACAGCGUGUCCACAUUGUCCAUAGAUAAGGAUGAACAGCCAGUGUCCAAAAGAGAAAACGAAUCAAAGAACAUUAGAAACAGUUUAAAAUUAGAUUUCUCUAGAUUGCCAAGAGUUAAGAAAAUAGUUCCUACUAAUCCUGUGAUAGAACCUCAAAUUAUGAAUAUUUCCUCUGUUGAUGGUGAGACUGAAAAGAAAGAUAUUCCAGAAAAGAAAGAUAUCCUAGAAAAGAAUCCCACACUAAUAGAUAGUAGCGUACAUAUUGAUAACAACGAAGCACAGAGCCGUAGUCGGUCGAGAAGUAGGUCAACUAUUUCAAACUCCGAGCUAAAGUCUGACAUAAGUGCUGACAAUAGAUUUUCCGACAGAAAUCCCCUGUCACCUUCAGAGAAUACCACAGUAAACCUGCGAAGUCACGAUUCCACCACGCCUGAGAAAGAAGACAUUGUCGAUAGAAUACGUAGGAAAAGCUUUUAUUCUAGAUUCAACGAAAAGAAGCAACGACGAAAGAGUAGUUUAGUGGGCCCUGGAGCGGCCGAGUACGACCCGGUCGCCAGGAUACACUCGCAGCCGCCGGACACCAAGUACGACGUGUCGCCCACGUCGCCGCUCACGUACGACGUGUCCCCGCUGUCCCCGGGCCUCUCCGUCUCCUCUGACUUGUCGCCGUCCACGGAACGCUAUAGAUCUCUUUUAACCGAUCUGCCUGUUAAUACUAGGACUAACUUAAGGUUUGAAAACUAUGGACUGAAUGAUAAAAUUGAUACAUACAGAUCUCUCGAUCGCAACGACUUUAGAAAAUAUCCGGGGAGCCGAAGUUAUCUAGACUAUGAGCAACCGUCCACGUACGGCGCGAACAGGUACUCCAGAACCAAAUCGCUUUUAGACAGCUCCGAUGGAACUGAUGAUAACAGUCUCCUUCACUCUCUGAGAGAUCCGCACAAAUACAACAGAACCAUAUCAAUGUAUUCACCUGGUAACUAUGCCACCUAUAGACCCAAAAGAACCACUCGCAACUCUGCCAUUAUUCUAAAAGAGAGCGAAAAAGAACCGAGCCCUGAAAACAUAUUGGAAAAAAUAAGGCAAAGAAAAAAGAUAUCAAUCAGCGUGACUAGGAAACCUGACGCUGAGAAGGAAACACUGCCAAGAUCCAAUAUCUCACCGAAAGGCGACCGCGAAGGCGACAGUGCAGAAUGCUCUGAGAAAGUUGACUGAGAGGAAUUAUUGAUUGUGCAGGAUAUAACUUGAUUUUGUGAUUUAUAUAAGCAUUUUGACAAUUAACUUGCAAACUUAUUGCGCAGACACUGUAGGUGUAGUAUCUGACGGAAAUUGAUGCUUUCAUUGUUUUGUUGUUAUCACUUAUUUACAACGUCAUUAGAGUCUUUAAUUAGUGUUGAUCUAAUCGAGGCUAUAUCGAUACUCUUGCCAAACGUAGUAUAUACUCACGUGUUUUUAGAUUUCAUGUAAAUUAAAAGAAUCUCAUCACCGACAGAAGACUGUCUUUAGUGGCAAAUUUAGGUAAUACUUAUUGCAAUGAAUCUCUCACUAAAUUGGAAGUAUCCUAAAAUUCUUGCAAACAUUAGAGUUAAAGUUACUUUAACGUUGCCGAGUAUUCGGACUAUCAAAUCAAAUUAAUUAUAGAUAGGUUGUAGCUAGUGUCACACAGACUCAUCAAAUUGCAACAGAUAUAUUAAAAUUGUUUUGUAUGUACUUUGUUGGCUUUCUCCAAAGCGCGGUGACACUGCGCGUUUGACACAGCUUACCGAGCUGAACAGAUUUUGUUACUGUUAACUACUAUUUACUAUUGAAGUGUAAUACAUAAUAUAUUUUGCAAAGAGUGGACUUUUUGUUAAGUGUUUAUUGUAAAUUGAUUCUUAUGUGCCUUUAUAAAACAUAAGUGACUGGAUUUGAUAUAGUCCAUUUUAUUGAAAUAUAUAAAAUGACACAAAUUUUUAGAGUGUGUUUGCACAAAUACAUUUUACUCAACAUUAUUAACUAUAAUUUUUCUUAGUUACUAUCAAUUUACAUUUUUUAUGUGACCCUAAGUCAAUUUAAGUUUAAAUAUUUGUCAUAAUCAUUAUAGUAUUGAAUGCUAAGUCACGACGUAACAGUAAUCGAAUAGAAUGGUGCUUAGACGAUUUCAUUAGGGAUAACUAUUUAUAGACCGGACGUGUUAUAGACUCACACAAAACGUGUAUAUUUUUAGCAAUAGCGUUUUCAGUUUUAAAUACAUAUGAUUGUAAGCUGCUGGUGUUUUGUUCCACUCAACUAGUAUUGUAUACGACGUCGCGUUGUAGCGCUACUCGUUGUUAUUCUUUCUUUGCUGUACAAGUUAUGGAGCGGCUAGAUUACAGUGGUGUUAAAAAGCAAUAAUUUUAUGCAAAUCCGUUCAUCUUUGUAAUUUCGAAUCUAUUUAUUAAUUUUUAUUAGAAUUGAAAAUUAUUUAUUGGUGUGUGGUGAUUUUUAAUAUAUCUCUUUAAAGUCACAGUUACCUCGGUGACAUUGGAACUGUGAUUCUUACGAUUGAUAUUAUUUACUAUCACACACGUUUUGUAUUGAAUGUGAAUAAAUUAUAUAGUUAAAA